GGACACGCACGCCUCAGCUUCUCUCCUCCAUCCUCACUUUUCCUCGCCAUGGACCACUUUCCGACCAACUGGGGCCGACCCCGCAAUGAGCUCUACGACCAGUACAACACCUUCCCGCUGCACCAACGACCCGCCAACCACACCGAUGCAUUCGCGGGUGGGGUUCAGCGCACACAACAGCCGAUUGUAACAGGAACCAGCGUGCUCGCUAUCCAGUACAAAGACGGCGUCAUGAUGGCUGCAGACAACCUCGCGUCUUACGGAUCCCUCGCGCGCUUUAAGGAUAUCACCCGUCUGCACGCCGUCGGCAACUCCACCGUCGUCGGUGCGUCCGGCGACAUGUCCGACUUCCAAUAUAUCCAGCGCGUCCUGGACGAGAUCGUCACGGACGAGUUCACCGCCGGCGACGGGCACUCACUCGGCCCUGCGGAGUUGCACGAGUUCCUCGCUCGUCGGAUGUAUGCGCGCCGCUCGAAAAUGAACCCCCUCUGGAAUGCGCUCCUCGUAGGCGGUUUCGAGAACGGCAAGCGAUUCCUCGCAUUUGUCGACCUUCUGGGCACGACGUACACGGCACCUUCACUAGCGACCGGGUACGGCGCACACAUCGCCCUCCCCCUCCUCCGCGAGAUCGUUGAUCCCAACCCCGAUGCAAUCACCGAGGACGCAGCGCGCGAGAUCCUUCGGAAGUGCAUGCGCGUGCUGUACUACCGAGACGCUCGCAGUCUGGACAAGUACCAAAUAGCUACGGUCACGGAAGCCGGCGUGUCGAUAUCCGAUGCAGAGAAACUGGAGACCAACUGGGACUUUGCGGAGGGGAUUCGCGGGUACGGCGCCCAGACACAAUAGACAUGCGCUGUCGCGUUGUGCUGGAUCGACCAUCUGGGACGGUCCGUGUAUGACUUGCCGAUCUUCUUGUAUCACCAAUAAUGACAGUCGUGGAUGUUUUACACGUUGCUUACGGUUCGAGCUUGCACUCUCAGACUUCCAAACCGUAGGCCAUCUGGCUGUUCGUGACGGGCUC